GGAGCGUGCACUACCAGAGCUCCAUCCAAGGCGCCUUGGGGAUGCGACCAAUUCUGUCCCAACCCGCGUUGCCUCACCCGUCUGCCAAAAUUUCUCCAAAACCCAUGGUAUGGCUUUGAUUCUUUGGAGAAUGUGAAUCUGUACAAUCUGCUUUCCCAUUCUUUUCAUUCCCUGCUCGCUUUCUUAAUACUAUUUCCGCCAGCUCUCUGCGCUUGCUCGCGUUCCAACCUGGAGCAUAAUCGACAGGGCGCUUUGAGGCUUGUUAGCCACCCCAGUCAUUUCUCAUCCUUUUCCUGGCCGCAUGGGCUCGUGCUGAGCACAAACGCCCUUCCAUCCCCGGCAUCCAACGACCGCGGACUGAGGAAGGAAGGAGGAACGCCCACGCCGUCUCGAUACAUUUCUUGUCCCGACAUUGCUGUCUCCCAUCCGACUACUCGACUCGGGCCACGGCCAAGACAAAGGCCCCCUGACACGCGCGCGACGAGGCAGCGCCCAUCAUGGGCGCCCCCGCCGAGAGCCGCGACAACGGCGCGCUGACCGCGCCGCCCCUAUCGCCACGGUCGUUUGCGAUCCAACACGCGCGGCCCAAGUCCAGCUUCACGGGCUGCUCCCGCUACUCAGACUAUGAAGUGACCGACAAAGUGGGCGAGGGCACCUUCGGCGAGGUCCACAAGGCCAAGGCUAAGAAGACGGGUGCCAUCGUCGCACUGAAAAAGAUCAUCAUGCACAAUGAGAAGGAUGGGUUCCCCAUCACGGCGCUGCGCGAAAUCAAGUUGAUGAAACUGCUAUCGCACGAGAAUGUGCUAAAGCUCGAAGACAUGGCAGUGGAGCACCUACCGAGGACCUCCGACAAACGCAAACGCCCAAUAAUGCACAUGGUAUUCCCGUACAUGGAUCACGAUCUCUCGGGCCUCCUCGACAACCCGUCUGUCAGGUUCACCGAGCCGCAGAUCAAGUGCUAUCUGAUGCAGCUUCUCGAGGGGCUGAAGUAUCUGCACGAAAAUCAUAUCCUCCACCGUGACAUGAAGGCGGCCAACCUUCUCAUCAACAACCAGGGAAUACUACAGAUCGCCGACUUUGGUCUGGCCCGCCAUUACGAUGGCCCGACGCCCCAGCCAGGCCGCGGAGGAGGCGAGGGCUCGAGAAAUUACACUAGUCUUGUGGUUACGCGCUGGUACCGUCCUCCCGAGCUACUGCUGCAUCUCAAGUCCUACACGACGGCUAUUGACAUGUGGGGAGUUGGGUGCGUGUUCGGAGAGAUGCUUGUGGGCAAGCCGAUCCUCUCUGGCGAGAGUGACGGACACCAGCUUGAGAUCAUUUGGGAUCUUUGUGGUUCACCUACAGAUGAGAAUAUGCCCGGAUGGAAGAGCUUGCCCGGAGCGGAGGCCAUACAACCAAAGUCACGGCCCGGCAACCUAUCGCAACGGUUCCGAGAAUACGGAGGCGGUGCGGUUUCCUUGUUGAAGGACCUCCUGAAACUUGACUGGAAAUCUCGGGUCAAUGCCAUGGACGCUCUGAAGCAUCCUUACUUUCAGAGCGCUCCCUAUCCGGCCAAACCCAGCGACAUACCGACUUUCGAGGACAGCCACGAGCUCGACAGGCGGAGAUACCACGACCGCCCUCCAAAGGCGCUACCACCUGCCCCUAAGGGCGGCGCGGUAGGUCGCGGUCCCAUGGACGGCCCCGGAGAUUAUAGCCGAAACGGGACAAAUGGUGGCAGAUAUGGUGGCCCUCCGUCGAGGACAAACGGCGACCAUGAUCGAAGGCAGCCGGGAUGGGGGAAGGAUAGGAAUCUCAACCUACCACCACGGCCGCCUCCGCCGGCGGAUUCGCAAAAUGGGUGGGAUGGUGCAGAACACGCUCCGGCCUACCGAGACAGGGAUCGAGACAGGGAUAGAGACCGUGACCGAGACCGAGACCGAGAUCCACCCAGGAGUAGGGGUGGCGGCGGCGGCGGCGGUGGCGGCGGUGGUCGCGUCGAUGUAGACACAUACAUCCCUAGCUACGGCGGCGGGGGACGCGACGGAGGACGUCGAGACGACAGGCCGCCGCCGCGUGACGAUCGAAGGCGCCGCGACGACUGGGAUGACCGCAGAUACGACAGAGACCGCGGCGGCGGGUACGACGACCGGCCACGAAACAGCAGAACCCGCAGCCGGUCGCCGAUCAGGGAACGGGAGCGAGACUGGGACCGAGAUCGCGAUCGCGAAGUCUACCGGAGAUAGGGUCCACCGGCGAGGCGGCGAAGAUAGGAUCUGGAAGACCUCCUCCCCACGUCCCUGAUCGACGAACUGUUCCCGUCACGCCUUCCCCUGCACGCCGGGCGUGGCUGAUCGACAGCAAGUCUGACUGCGUCUUUGUUAUCUCGUCUUUCUUCACCCCUUUUCCUUUUGGCACUUUUUUUUUCUUCCAUACAACAUUACACGGCAUUGACAGCGAUCCUCAAAGGCAACUUGAAGGCGGCGGAGAGAGCGGUCGACACUCGAAGGAGAGCAGUUCUUCAUGCUCUGUAUUAUAGUAUUAUCACAUAGACCAGGUUCCCAGGCCGGCGCGGCGGGUGUGCAAGUCCCUGCGCGGGCUCCUUUUUUCGUCAAUAGCCGCCAUUGGAAGAGUCAUCUUCCUCUUCCUCCAAUAUAAUUGACUGCAGCAACGGCAUCCUCCGC